AUGGCAAAAGAGACACCAGAUCUGUAUGAAAGAUCUAAGGGAAUACCGUCUAAGAUCAGAAUAGUUGGAGGUCCAAAUAACUUGGCAUAUGGAGAGGGCGACGAGCUGGAUGUAUUGGAUGCAAACACGGUCGAGACAUUUACUUUAGAGGAAUUCAAGGCAAUAGUGCUGGAUUGUCGGUCAAAGAAUAAGGACUUCAUACUUGCAAGGGUCACAACGCCAGACCCUGAUGACCAAAGCAUUAUAUACAACUUCUACUAUGCCGCAUCCGAGUUGAAUAGGAUAUUGUUCAGGUUCGAGUCGGAUAGAAGACUACUGCAUAGAAUGAAGGUUCGUAAUCCCCUUAAUAACAUGUACAUACUGGGGCAAGUGUAUUAUUACAAAAUACCACCGCAAGAAGUUGAUAGGGCAUUGAUUGAGUAUUUCUUCAUUGAAACCAAAGUAGAAGGAAAGGUUACAAAAAAGGCAUUUUCCCAGGUGUUCAGGCAUAAGAUAGAAGAGGCGUCUGAAGAUGGCAAGAGAUGUCAUAAGUCAAGGGAUAGUCUUGAUGCGAACGAUAGAUCCUUAAAGAUAAAUAGUGUCGAGGAGAACCCAAGAGAGAUAAUAGAAAAGAUCCAAAAAGGUAUAAUAAGCAUACCAAAGGCAAUUCCUCCUGAAAGAAGCGUGCUAUACAGUGCCAACUACUUUGCUUCGGAUGACGACUUUCUGAUGCAGCCGGAGGUUAGAGAGUAUUUCAGAAGAAACACGCUGGAUGCCGAUGAUGACUUUCUGUUUGAAAUAGAUAGAACACAGAACGACUUCUUUGCACUCCUUGAAACGGCAUCAGAAGAUGAAAAUGAGGAGGUCCUUGGAUGGAAAAGGGUUCUCACUGCCCAUAUCAGCAUGCUAGUAACACUCCUAACGGUGUGCCUUGUCCUUGGUGUCGGCCCCCAGAUGGUUCUUGUUGCUCUCCCACUGGCUGUUGUCCUUAUAUUUUCGUUCAUUGGCUCGAUUUUUUAUAUUCUAUUCUGCAGGAGAAAUACAUUUGAUACUCUGGCUGUCAACAGCAUUGAAGAGGUGUAA